UCGUUGUUGUUCCGUUCCGUGUGUUUUGUGAAAUCCGAGUUUUCCCGGGACGAGAAACUUUCCGGAAAAUCUGUUAAAUUUCACUGAAAAGAUUGCCUGGACAUUUGGAAAGGGGGGUGGCUUGAUGAGCACAGAAUAGUUGCACAUGAACUGCUAGAACUCGGGGCCCGCACAGAACUACGGAAGCGAUGAGCGAGCCGAUAGUCGUGAUUCUCUCGCUAGACGAGAAGGUCAAACCGGAAGCGAUUGUCGAAAAGAUUCGAAAGCAAUCGAACGAUCAAAAUCAGGUGGUCCUCACGGAUCCCGCGGAUACCGUCGUCUAUCGGUAUCACAUAGGCACGAAGUACUACGAGACCGAUGUGCUUCUGUACCCGCAUGCGUCCCCGACCACCGAUACCCUGUCCAGUGCAAUCUUGAAUCGGACCGAAGGACUGCUGAUCUACUUCAACGCACAUGAUCGUGCCUUUCUAGAGCGACUUCCGACGUACGGUGCGUUCGUGCAGAAGCAGGACAUCGAUUUCGGUAUUCUCCUGUGUACCACGCUGCCGGAGAACGCCUCGGAAGGUGUAACGUACGGCGAGGCGAAGCAACUAUGUACUGUGCUGGAUGUGAUAGAGCUGGAACCGGUGGCAGAAGACGAUGAUCAACCCAGUGACGAAGCGGUCGGUGUCGAUGAGCUUAUCCAAGCGAUGCACAAUCACAUCUGGUCAAAUGUGCAGAUACACCGAGGAAGCAGAGCAGCUGCAGCCCUGGAAGCUCUGGUCGUUGGUGCAGAUGCGGAACCCUCCAGCGGGUUUAGUGACGAUGACGCAGCGGAUGAGACGGUGGGACCGACUUCUAACGACGAAGAGGAGCGCAUGGAAGCCGCCCUGAACGGGUUUGAGAAGCUGUUGACGGAAGUGCGCAACUUGCACUCGAACUCAACCUCCUGGAGCCGGAACGAACGGCUUGCCUAUGCCCAGGAGCUGGCGGAAAUGUUUGACAACUUGGUAGAGGAGGACGAUUAGCGAUGGAUAGAGAUCGGAUGAGACGGAUCAGAGUUCGCUAAUGCGCCCGUGCGCCCAAUGUUUUUUUUAAUUUAAAGAACAUUACGCUUCUUCUGGAAACGCAAUUCCUUUCCCUGAGGCCAAUCUCGGCCCGAACCGCCUGUGUUAUGCAUAAACGACAGUUUAGUGAACCAUUAAGCAGAGGAUUUAUUUACGAAGUGAAUCUGUGUGAAACUAUAUGAAGAAAUAUCCUGCAAGAAAGCACGAUAAACAUACUUAUAUACUUACAAUAUAGCCUUCUAUUGAACGAUAGCGAGCGUUUCAAGAAUUUCCUUUCAAAUGACCUCUCCAUCCGAUGAGAAUCGCAUUUCGGUUAAU